AUAAAAAAAAUUGUCCACUUUUUUUAAAGAAACAACAUAUAAUACUCCGUGAGUUUCAAAAGAUAUAUCUUCGUGACAUACAUUAAUAUCCUAAACAAAUCUGUCUCAAAAAAAAAAAAGCAAUUAAAGUAUAUUCAUAAUUGUAAAAAAAAAAAAAAAAAGCAAGUAUAUUUAUGAAACUUAAGAGAAUAAGAGAAAAAACGGGGAUGCAAAAACAUAAGCAACUGAGUUACUUUGUUUGUUUUUGAGUUGUUGUGAACUAAACAGUCGUGACAAUGUCAAAUUUCACCGUGGAGUCGUUGACUGUGGAAAGCAGCAACGGAGUGAAGCUUCAUACAAGGUUGUUUAAGCCUGGUCCAGGAAUAGAUGUUAAAUACGACAAGUUAGGGAUCGUUUUAGUUCACCCAUACUCCAUUAUGAGUGGUUCACAGGGUCUCCUCAAAGGUAUCGCUUCUCUUUUGGCUUCAAAUGGUUACACCGCCAUCACUUUUGACAUGAGAGGCGUUGGAAAUUCCACUGGUAGACCUUCUCUCACCGGCUUCUCUGAAGUUAAGGAUGUUAUCGCCGUCUCCAAUUUCAUCUCUCACUCUCUCUUUCAAACCAUUUUGCUCGUUGGUUCUUCUGCAGGUGCUCCUAUAGCAGGGUCUGCUGUUGAUCAGAUUGAACAGGUGAUUGGGUAUGUGAGAUUUGGUGUUACUGUGUCAAUCCUUUUUGGAAGGCACAACAAAGCCAUCCUAAAGUCUCCAAAACCAAAACUAUUCAUUAUGGGAACACAGGAUGGAUUCACAAGUGUAAAGAAGCUCAAAAACAAGCUUAAUUCUGCAGUCGGACGCGCCGAAACACAUCUUGUAGAUGGGGUAGGACAUUUCCGAAUGGAAGGGCCUGCUUAUGAUGCUUAUAUGGUCGAUCUCAUCAUUAAAUUUAUUCAAUCAUUGUAAAAUUCAAUUUUUGAGUGUGAAUUGUCUUUGAUACUUGGAUUAGUUUGUGUAUAUAAUCUGACUUACCAAGUUUACAGAUUAGCUCUUGAUUUGUAUCCUUUAGGCAACAUUCUAAAAAUAUCAGAAUUGACACAGUAAGUAUUUCUGCUGCUGAUUGAAUAAUGAGAGAGGAUGAUUACAUUACAUGCAUAAAAUGUUUUUCAAGUUUAAUUUACAACUUAUUACA